AUGGCAUCCUCCGCCGACGAGCCGCUCCCGGCACUCCUCCUGUUCCGCGUCAGGGAAAUCGACUUCCACGCGGCGCUGCGCGAGCGGUACCGCGUCCUGGACUUCUACACGUCGGGCGAGGCGCUCCCGGCCUUCCUGGCCGCCGCGGCCGCGGCCGCCGACCCGCCCCGCGCGGCGCUCAUAGUCGGAGGCGGCACCCCCGCCCGCGUGGACGCCGCGUUCCUCGACGCCGUCCCGUCGCUCCGCUUCGUCUUCAACACGGGGGCCGGGAUGGACCACAUCGACCUCGCCGAGUGCGCGCGCCGCGGCGUCGCCGUUGCCAACUCCGGCACGGUCUACUCCACCGACGUCGCCGACCACGCCGUCGGCGUGCUCCUCGACGUGCUGCGCCGCGUCUCCGCCGCCCAGCGGUUCCUCCGCCGCGGGCUCUGGCCGCUCCAGGGGGACUAUCAUCCCCUCGGCACCAAGGUGGGCGGCAAGCGCGUCGGCAUCAUCGGCCUGGGCAACAUCGGCAUGCUGAUCGCCAAGAGGCUCCAAGCCUUCGGCUGCGCCAUCUCCUACAACUCGAGAAAACCCAAGGAAUCCGUCUCCUACAAGUACUUUGCCACCGUCCACGACCUCGCGUCCGAAUCCGACGUGCUCGUCGUGGCGUGCGCGCUGAGCAAGGAGACGCGCCACGUUGUGAACAGGGACGUCCUCGACGCGCUCGGGAAGGACGGGGUCGUCAUAAACAUCGGCCGUGGGCCCAUCAUCGACGAGGCGGAGCUGGUCGCGGCGCUCAGGGAGGGGAGGGUCGCCGGAGCAGGCCUCGACGUGUUCGAGAAGGAGCCCAAGGUGCCUGCGGAGCUCUUCUCCAUGGACAAUGUCGUGCUGACGCCCCACGUCGCGGUCUUCACGACGGAGUCCAGGUCGGACCUCCGUGACGUCGCCAUCGGGAACCUUGAAGCCUUCUUCGCCGGUAAGCCGCUGCUUACACCGGUGCUUCCCAGGUAA